AUGGCGGUGUUGUUGCGGGUAGUUGAAGAGGAAGCGGCGGGGAGAUGCGGGUCGAAGCUGGAGCGAGGUGAAGAUGCCGACCUUCCAGGUGGGCCUGGAGUCCGGAUCGAUGCCGGGCGUGGUGAGCUCGGCGGCCAGGGAGCUCCUCCUCCUCCGGCGGCUACAUCCACUCUGGACAGUGUAUGGGCUUCAUUACCGCCACUUAAAAAUGGAUCUACAGAGCAUCAGAAACCUUUAAUAUUGGCUAUUGCAUCCCAAGACUCUGCAUCGUUUUUUCGGGACCGUAGUCUUGGUUCAGAUUCUCCCAUAUCUGGAUUGAUUGCCUUGCUCACUGCUGUUGAUGCUCUUUCUCACAUUCAUGAUUUAAGCAACCUUAAGAAACAGCUCGAUACACCUGUAGAAGGAUUGAGAGAAUGGCUGGAUGCUGUUCAGAUAGCAGGGAUACCUUGUGCUGUCGCAUCAUCCCUUGACAGGAGAUGCAUGAUCAAAGCUUUGGAUCGGAUGGCACUAAGCAAAUAUUUCAAGGCGAUUGUGACUGACGAAGAUGAUAUGGAGUCGAUAGCAAAUAGGUUUCUGUCAGCUGAUAUGGACUUGCAGAAGCAGAUAAUCGAGAAGUCACCUCCCAAGAGGAGGCUGACAGUAGACACCAUUUUCUGA